AUGUGUUUUAUGAACGGCUGUCCUCAGGAAGAGGGUGACAGAGCUGAGCAAUUGCACGAUGGGUGUUAUUCUAACUUUCAUAGCAAUAUGCUGGCACCUAUCAUUACGAAGGAUAUGAAUCCAUUUUCAUCCCAGCCUCGAAAAGCCCGUGAUGUUCAGAUACGCUCCCAAAAUUUGGAAGUUUCCAAGAUUACCAGAUGUGUAAACCAGAAUCAGGACAACAUCACAGAAAAGUCAUCUCAGCCAUCGAUGAAGCUUAAGUCUACAUUCGUUCACAGUAGUUCCCUGAGUAAGCCCCAUCUUUUGCCUUCUAUUGUGGAAGGUGUUGAGAUGCGACUAAAUUUAGAGAUGUAUCGGAAAUAUCACAGUAUUGAGGAAGGUGAUAACAUUGAUUCCAGAGGUACUUUAUUGCCUACUACUUCCAAUUCCACAUUAUUAACGAUUACGACAACGACAACGGCAGUUGCUGCUACUUCGGCAUAUUCAUCAUUUCCGGAUUCAUCGUUAUCACCCAUCAUUGGUAAAAGAAGAAAGGUGAAAAAGAUUCAAUGA